AUGCCUCAUGCAGCGCUUGGCUCGAACAGCGUUGCAUUGGUGGAGAAGGUUCCGAAAAGCUGGUUGGUGAUCAUGUCACAUCAGCAGCCCAAGCUAUCCCAACACAGCCGGCGCAAAGCACGCAGCACGAAGGUCGCCACACCUCCUUGGAUGAAUUCCACGGGCUGGCUUGCCUGGCAGACUUUGCCAACACCGUGGCCUGCAUCGACCAAUGAAUUUUCCGCAACCGACUUCAUCAAUGCCGAGUGGGCAGAUUCCCUCGGCCACCGCAUCAGUGUCUCCUCCGGCAAGAAGGCGAACAAUCUUCAGGCAUGCCUCUCAAAGCCGAAGACACCGGACAUUCUCCUGAACCUGAAGCCGGUAAUUGGCUUGUCCGUGUGGCAAUGCGGAAAUGCAUUCCUCGAUCCUGCUACCAGUACGACGGAAAGGCUGUGUUGGCUUUCGGAAGGUGGUCGCGUCUCGGUAUGGGUGAAGCUGGACAAGCAUGCAGACAGCACCGAUGAUGCAGAAGGCUCGGAAGAGCUUCAAUCUGGAACAGGCCACGUACUGCAAGUAAGACAUGGCCGCUGCCUUUUGUUGUGCAACGCAUGUAACGUGUGGAGGGACACGUCCGUCGAACGACGCAUACGCCGCAGCUACUGCAGGCUUUGCGCCGGCCGACUUGUUUUUUUUCAGAGCUUUCCGUACACCGCGUCCGAGAUUGCGGCGGCCAUCUCCAUCUGGGAAGAUGCCGUCGACGCUGGCGUGGACCUUCCCUCCGCUUUGGGCAUUGGUCAUGCCUUCAGCGUCGGACGCUGGCGAUGGCCGUUGGAGCAGCGGAAGCGGCGUUGGCCGACGCCAAGGCGGCCGGCGGGGCACCAGGAGGCCCUAGGAUGCCCUAGGUGUCAUGCAAGAGAAUCGUCCUAUGUCGUCGGCUACGUCGACGGCAUACAUGCCGGGCGGCGCAAGAGGACCUGGCACAGCAGUCGCCACCGUCGGCGAUCGGAGGCCGACGCGUUGGAGGCCCAGCAUCGUGGCUAUCCCACGUUGACCGCCUUCUAUGCGGCGCGUGGUCGUAGGGACACACCGGCGGCACCGAAGUCCCGCCACCACCCAAGAGGCAGCCGGUGGUGA